AUGGAGAAGUUCUCUGAUGCGAUCACAUACUUAAAUAAAAAGAUCAAUCAUAUAGAGGAGGAAAUCCAUAUCUUGGAUGCUAAGAAACAUCAACUAGAUCUACAAAAGCAGGAUAUAGAGGGUAAAGUUAAAAUAAACAAUAAUAAAAGUGAAAUAAUUGACAAAUUCGAAAUAUAUCUAACUAAGAUCUCUGCUUUUAGGUUAAGUAACAAUGAUGAAAAAUUUAACCUACUUUUAGAGAAGGUUAAGAUGUCAAUGAUUCAAUAUGGCUCUAAACGUUUUUCAUAUUAUAAAUAUAAUAUUAUUAAACAAUGGCAUCUAAUUUACUGCACUCAUUGUAAAGAUGCUGAAGGAAAUUUAUAUUGUAAAAUAGUUGAAAGUAUUAAAUUAUACGAUUCUAUGAACCAACCCUGUUAUAUCAUUGAUAUAACUGACAUAUAUAAAAGUUGUAUAAUAGAAGUGUAUAAUCAAAUAAGAAAUCCACUCAUAGAAUUUGAUUUUAGUAAAAGUCUAGAAGAAUUUGUAACUUUUAUUAUAAAUAUAGAAAAGGAUUACCCGGAAAUUUACUGCAAACUUCAUAUACAUAAAUAUUUAUAUCAAAUAAUAUUUCCAUUUAUAUAUCUAGAAAUGCUUUCUUGGGACCCAUUGCAUUUAAUUAAGGAAUCAAAGGAAUUAGAAGAAAAUAUAUUAAAUUCUGAAUUACUUAAAAAUAAGAAUAUAAUUGAGUGGAAUAAUAACUUUAGUAUAGAGAGCUUUAAGUGGUAUAAUUUUAUUUUACGAAUGCUAAAUAUGACUUCAGAGAGUUAUAUAGAAUAUAAUGAUCAGCAAACUAAAACAGAUAUUAAUAUAAUGAAUAUUAGCAAAUUUAGUAGCAUUAUUUAUGAUGGUAUUGAAUUUAUCUUUACAAACUAUAUUUGUGAGAUAAUAACAAAUAUUUGGAUACCACUAAAUAUUGAAGAAACAAAUGAUAUUAUAUCGUCUAUAAGUAUCAUAUUUUCAAUCAUUCCAGAUCAACAACUUCCAAAAUAUAAGACCUCAUUAAAGAUACUUCUUUUACAAAAAUUCAUUUUAUGUUUCAAGGAACUUAUAUUUCCAGUAUCAGAUCUGCAAUUUGAUAGUUUAUAUGAUGAUCUAAAUGAUUCAGAUUAUAACUUUUUGCUUCAUUUAUUAAGUUGGUGUAUCUCUCUUUCAAAUUUUGGAAAUAUUAUAAGUGAUGCUGAAAAAAAAGAUUUAUUAAAUAUUACAAUCAUCCACAUGAUAGAUUAUUUAAAAAAUACUCAGAUUACAUCUAAUACAAGUACACAUGUAUAUAAAAUCUUAUAUAUGAAACUACCUGAAAUGAUUCAAUCAACAAUUGCAAUACUUUAG